AUGGCAGCCAUGCCCCUGAAAGCCUGGCACCAGGAGGUGGUGACCUUUGAGGAUGUGGCUGUGCACUUUACCCAAGCAGAAUGGGCUGGCCUCUCUUCUGCACAGAGGGCCCUGUGCAGAAGUGUGAUGCUGGAGAAUUACAGGAACUUGACAUCCCUGGGAUUCACAGUUCCCAAAUCUGCCCUCAUCUCACUUCUGGAGGCACAGGAUGACCCACCUGCAGAGAGGAGCACACACGUCUGUAAAGAUACUGAAACCAACAUUGGCAGUGAGUCCACAUCAGUACAGGGAAUUUCUGAAAACAGAGUUUUGGUGGUGUCUUAUGAUCUGCAGAAGAGUGCUCCUCAAAGAAGCAACUUCCUAGAAACAUGUAAACUGGAGAAGCACCAGGAAAUCUCCACAAGGAAAAAUGGUAGAAGAAAGGUUCCCAGAAUCCCCUGUGACGGGAAACCCCUCCGGUGUGAGGAAUGUGGGAAGUGUUUCAGCUAUUUUUCUCACUAUGUUAGACACCAGAGAAUCCACACGGGGGAGAAGCCCUUUCAGUGUAAUGAGUGUGGAAAAGCCUUCAAUGGCAAUUCCUCAUUGAUUCGGCAUCAGAGGAUCCACACUGGAGAGAAACCCUAUCAGUGUGCGGAGUGUGGGAGAGCCUUCAAUGAUAACGCCAACCUGAUGAGGCAUCAGAGAAUCCACAGUGGGGACCGACCCUAUCACUGCCAGGAGUGUGGGAAAGGCUUCACCAAUAGUUCUGAGUUUGUUAUACAUCGGAGAAUCCACACUGGAGAGAAACCUUACGCGUGUAGCGAGUGUGGAAAAGCUUUCGUUGGUAAUUCACCACUACUUCGACAUCAGAAAACUCACAGUGGAGAGAAACCCUACGAAUGUAAUGUAUGUGGCAAAAGCUUCGGAAGGACUUACUAUCUUAUGCAACAUCAGCGUAUUCACACAGGGGAGAAGCCUUACUCUUGUAAAAUAUGUGGGCAAGCCUUCAACUUGCAUAAAAAACUAAGUCGACACCAGAGAAUCCACAGCGAUAAGAAACCCUUUGACUGUGUAGCUUGUGGAAAAGCCUUCAGUGCUCAGGAACAAUUAAAAAGGCAUCUGAAGACCCAUAUUCAGGAGUCUUCCUGUGUAUGUGAUGAGUGUGGAAAAGUCUUCAGGAGGAAAAGAAGUCUUCUUCAGCAUCAAAGAAUCCAUACUGGAAAGACACCCCAUGGGUGUGUCAAGUAUGGAAAAGCCUUUAGGACUUCUUCCCAGCUAGGUGAUCUUGAGCAUGUCCGUCCUGGAGAGAAACUUGAGCUGGACAUUUGUCAUUUUGGCCUCCCAGAGUUUUUUACCCCCUUUGACUGGUAG